AUGUAUGAGGAGAGUUCAUGUUUUGAUCAUAGUCCAACGAUGGAAGUAAUCUUGGACAACAACAACGGCUACUGUGAUUCAACCACGGCGGGAGAAACAGAUUUUCUAGUACACCAUCAGUUUCAACCACCAAACAGCUUCAACAACGACUUUAAGCUACCAACAAUGGAUGAGUUCUCAGUUUUACCAUCUGUUGUCUCUUUCUCAAGCUCAGAAACUCAGAACCUAAUCAACAACAAUAACAACAACCAUAUGAUCCAGCAAAUGAUUCACGACUCGAAUUGGGACAACUCUGGAUUCUUUAUGAACACUUCAGUUCCAAACACAACUCCAACUCCUGAUCUUCUCAGCCUCUUGCAUUUGCCUAGAUGUUCACUUCCAUUACCAAGCUCUAACGUUUCUGAUAUAAUGUCCGGUUCUUGCUUCACAUAUGAUCCGCUCUUUCACUUAAACCUUCCUCCUCAGCCUCCAAUCAUCCCUUCUUCUAAUGACUACUCAGAGCUCUUGCAAGGAAUCUAUACCAAUACUACUCAAGGAGAUCAUGUAAACGUUGGUGAUGAGAACAACAAUGCUCAAUUCGAUAGCGGAAUCAUUGAUUUUAGUAAGAAAAUUAGACGUAAAGGAAGAGGGAAGCAGAAGAGCAAACCAUUUACAACAGAGCGUGAGAGAAGAUGUCACUUGAACGAGAGGUUCGAGGCCUUGAAAUUGCUCAUUCCUAGUCCUACCAAGGGAGAUAGAGCAUCCAUUCUUUUAGAUGGCAUCAAUUACAUCAACGAGUUGCAAAGAAGAGUAAGCGAGCUUAAGUUUUUGGUUGAGAGGAAAAGAUGUGGUGAUAGAAACAAUAACAACAACUUGGAUGAUUGUAUUAAUGUGGAUGAUGAUGAAAACAUGAAGAAGAAGAAGAAGCUAGAGAGGGAUGUAAUAGACCAGUGUUCAAGCAACAACUCGCUGAGGUGUUCAUGGCUACAGAGGAAAUCUAAAUUAACAGAAGUUGAUGUUAGGAUUGUUGAUGAUGAAGUAACGAUCAAAGUUUUACAGAAAAAGAAGAUUAAUUGUUUGUUGGUUGUCUCCAAAGUGCUUGAUCAGCUUCAUCUUGAUCUCCAUCAUGUUGCUGGAGGACAGAUUGGUGAACAUUAUAGUUUCUUACUCAAUACUAAGAUAAAUGAAGGAUCAACAAUAUAUGCAAGUGCAAUAGCGAACAAAGUGAUUGAAGUUGUGGAUCAACGCUACAUGGCUGCUCUUCCCAUCAAUAAAUACUAG